CGGGAUCUGUCGCACGCAUCCCUCCAAGGCAGUGCCCAGCCCCUUGCGCGCUAGGACAAAAGAUGGCAUCGUGAGCAUUAUUGCCGAGGGUUUCCUUUUGUAAAGGUCCACGCCUUCAACCAAAAUUAGCUCAUUAAUUGCCUACUCUCCCCGACACAAAACAUCUAACCUGGCUGUUCCAAAAAGAUACUCAGCAAUGCCUGAGCAGAUCUUUUAUUUUUUGUUUCUCCAACAGAGCCCACAUGGCUCAGGCAAGUUCAUCAUGAGCUUGUUUGUUGACCGUGUUUGUGUUUCUGUUCCGACAAACCUUUGGGCCUGUUUUUUUCGUGCUCGGGGACCUCCACCGGUGCCUUGGGUGUAAUAAACCUGCCAUAUAAAUCAUAUUACAGACCCCCUCCUUCACCUGAGCAUAGUUUUACUCUGCAGACCAUCUUCCACAGUUUUUGCUAUUCCAUAUAUUCGCAAAUAACCGACCAUGCAGAUUCCUUCGCAAUCCGACAUUGACUACAUCCAUGAGCUGAUCGCCGAGUGGAAAAGAACCCCGGAUUCGCCGGCCCGCGAUAUCAUGGAGGGGCAGAUUGAAGUUAAAUUCGAGCUGCUCUUGUCCUCGACAAAGGAUACACAGAGACGGCUGCAGCAGGAGCUCUCCAUGGAGCGCCAGCUGAACGAGAUGCUGCACCGCCGGUUGGACUCUAUAAGCCAAUAGUGUUGUAUUUUCUGAAGUCUAUAAAUCCAAUAACCCUGUAGUGAUAUGCAUGAAAUAGUCUGUGACAAGC